AGCAGUCGCAACGCGGGGUUCGGGACUUCGCUGGGGGUCUUCUCCGGUCCCGCAGGGCUCCCGGAUCGGAGGGUCCGGUGGGAGGUUUGGCAGAGGCGGGGGGGGAGGGUCACGCCGGGGGCAAGGGUGGGCUGCGAUGGGACUGGAGUCCCGCUGGAGAGAGGGGUAGGGCCACAGCCCCCGGUGGGGCACCCUGCGAUCGCCCUCUUCCCUCAGUCCGAGGACCAGGAGGAGAUCCAGGACGCGGUGCGCGCUUGCAGCCGCCUUUUCGGAGCCUUGCUGGAGCGCGGGGAGCUGUUUGUGGGCCAGCUGCCCCCGGAGGAGAUGGUCAUGGCAGGGUCCCAGGGGGCCACACGGAAGUACAAGGUGUGGAUGAGGCACCGUUACCAGAGCUGCUGCAACCGCCUGGCGGAGCUCCUGGCCCACUCCUCGUUCCAGGUCACGGAGCUGGCCCUCAGCACGCUCAUGAAGUUCGUGCAGCUGGAAGGAACGCAUCCCCUGGAGAAACCCAAGUGGGAGGGCAGCUACCUGUUCCCCCGCCAACUCUUCAAGUCGGUGGUGGAAGGCCUGCUGUCUCUGGAGGAGGACCGCUCGCUGCUCCUCUCCCAGUUCCGGGAGUACCUGGAACACGACGACAUCCGCUACCACACGAUGCUGGCGGCCACGGACACCGUGGCCCGGGUCACCAACAGGCACCCUGAGGUGCCCCUCGCUUUCUGGAACAACGCCUUCACCCUGCUGUCCGCCGUGAGCCUGCCCCGCCAGGAUGGAGCCGCAUCCAGCUUCUACGUGAAGCGCGUGGAGCGUUCAGACAAGUGGAAGGUCAUGCACCUGAAGGAGCACAGGAAGGCCUUCCAGCUGAUGUGGCUCGGCUUCCUCAAGCACAAGCUGCCCGUCAGCCUCUGCAAGAAGGUGUUGGUGAUCAUGCACGACUCCAUCCUGCCGCACCUGGCCCAGCCCAGCCUCAUGAUCGACUUCCUCACCCGCGCCUACGAUGUCGGGGGGGCCAUCAGCCUCUUGGCCUUGAACGGACUUUUCAUUCUGAUUCACAAGCACAAUCUGGAGUAUCCCGACUUCUACCGGAAGCUCUAUGGCCUCCUGGACCCCUCCGUCUUCCACGUCAAGUACCGGGCUCGCUUUUUCCACCUGGCUGAUCUCUUCCUGUCGUCCUCCCAUCUGCCCGCCUACCUGGUGGCUGCCUUUGCCAAGCGCCUGUCCCGCCUGGCCCUGACGGCGCCCCCCGAGGCCCUGCUCAUGGUCCUGCCCUUCAUCUGCAACCUGCUUCGCAGACACCCAGCCUGCCGCGUCCUCGUGCACCGGCCGCAGGGCCCUGAGCUGGAUGCCGACCCCUACGACCCCAGUGAGGAGGACCCAGCCAAGAGCCGAGCCCUGGAGAGCUCCCUCUGGGAGCUGCAGGCCCUCCAGCAGCAUUACCAUCCUGAGGUGUCUCAAGCCGCCAGCGUCAUCAACCAGGCACUGUCUGUGCCCGAGGUCAGCAUCGCGCCACUGCUGGAGCUCACCGCGUUUGAGAUCUUUGAGCGGGACCUGAAGAAGAAGGGGCCCGAGACGGUGCCGCUGGAGUUCGUCCCAGCCCAGGGGCUCCUGGGCCGGCCGGCUGACCUCUGUGCCCAGCACUUCGCGCUCAGCUGACCCAUGGGGACCCGCCCCCCACCCCCAAUAAACGGUUUUGUAGGAGA